AUGGGCAGUCUCAGCCCAAUGUCCCUGUCUCCUUUCAGUGCUAAAGAAGACUAUUAUGAAGAAGACAAUGCAACUUCCUUCUCCAACAAUAGUAGUUAUGAUUAUCCAGAAUGGAUUUUGGAUAUUUACCCAAAUAUAUAUAUAUUUUCUAUGCUCACAAUUUUAAUUUGCAUUUUGGGGCUUUUAGGGAAUGGGACUGUCGUCUGGCUGCUUAGCUUCUGCAUUAAGAGGAACUCUUUCACCAUUUACAUCCUGAACCUCUCUGUUGCAGACUUGGGUAUAGUCACAGCUAACUUUUUUAUGGAAAUGAUUUUGUUUGCAACAGGAGAAUAUUAUGGACCUCUGUAUGAUUUUCUACAAGAUGUCUUUCAAUUAAUGUACAGUGCUGGUCAAUAUCUACUGACAGCCAUCAGCAUUGACAGGUGUGUGUCAGUCCUCUUCCCAAUUUGGCAUCGAUGCCGCCGGCCAGCAAAUUUGUCCACCACUUUGUGUUCCAUUAUAUGGGUACUUUCUAGCCUUCUCUGUGGAAUUAACUUCGCCCUCCGCCUGACUGAAAAUGUGCACAGUAUUACCAUGAAAUAUUACCAGUAUGCUGUGAACGGCAUCCUUUGCCUCCUGCUCAUGACUAUCUCAACUCUAAUUCUCUGCCUCAAGGUCUCCUUCAAAUCGCAACAGCGAAGGCGGGGUAAAACUCAAAUAGCCAUCUUGCUUGCUCUUCUUUUCUUCAUCAUUUUUUCGUUUCCACUGAAUGCCUAUUAUAUCAGCCCUUAUGUGUUUGAUUCAGCCUCUCUCUUUUCUUCAAUUUAUGUCUACUUAUUUGCCUGCCUGAACAGCAGUGUUAACCCUUUGAUCUAUUUCCUGGUUGGGAGGCAGAAGAGAGGCAGACAUAAGAAGAGCAUGAAAGCCAUACUCCAGAAUGUUUUCAAGGAGGAGGAAAGCUCAACAGAGGAAGCAGAGACCUCUGUUGAAACAAAGUGCUAA